GCAUUCCAUAAUUAACUGCUCGCCAGCCCAGCUCUCCUCUCUUCUUUACAUAGAAUUCUGUCUCUCUCCCUUGCAGGCCUAGCUCCUUUGUUCCUCCCUCAUAUUUAUCACAUGGCCGGAUUUUUGUCGCUUCUCCGGCGCGUCUACCUCUCCAUCUACAACUGGACUGUCUUCGCCGGCUGGUGUCAGGUUUUGUACUUUGCCCUGAAGACGUUGACGGAAUCCGGACACGAACACGUCUACAAUGCCGUUGAAAAGCCUCUCCUGCUCGCUCAGACGGCUGCCGUUUUGGAGAUUCUCCAUGGUUUACUGGGUUUGGUGAGAUCUCCAAUAUCGGCCACGCUGCCGCAGAUUGGGUCAAGAUUGUAUCUAACUUGGGGCGUUUUAUGGAGUUUUCCUGAGAUUCAGAAGCAUGUUCUUGUUAGCUCCCUGGUCAUUAGUUGGUCAAUUACAGAGAUUAUUCGUUACUCUUUCUUUGGUGCAAAGGAGGCCUUUGGUUCUGCUCCAUCUUGGCUCUUGUGGUUCAGAUAUAGCACCUUUUUGUUAUUAUAUCCAACCGGUAUAACCAGUGAAGUUGGUCUAAUAUAUAAUGCCCUGCCAUAUAUCAAGGGAUCUGAAAAGUAUUGCAUAAGAAUGCCGAAUAAAUGGAAUUUCUCUUUUGACUACUUCUAUGCUGCAAUUAUUGCCCUCGGAAUCUAUGCCCCAGGAAGUCCUCACAUGUACACAUAUAUGCUCGGGCAGAGGAAGAAAGCUCUUGCCAAGUCGAAACGGGAAUAGAACAAUAUUUAAUGUUAUUCAUUAUUUGUUGGAAUCAUUUUGUGUAACUUUUCAAUCUGAUGUUAAUGUUGUAUGUUUAAGUCUUCACUAAGAAUGGUCCUAAUCACUGCGUCUUUGUUCUCUCGUUCAUAACUAUUGGCUAGAAAACUUCAAGUCUUGAGAAAUUCUGCCAUGUAGCAGGAUAACUAUGCUGUGGUGUCUUAAACAGAGAUGAAAUGAUAACCAUUUUUUACUCCGGGGCUGGAUCACAAAACCCCCC